AUGGCCGACGGCGAGGCGGCCGACGGCAAAGCGGCCGACGGCGAGGCGGCCGACGGCGAGGCGGCCGACGGCGAGGCGGCCGACGGCGAGGCGGCCUACGGCGAGGCGGCCGACGGCGAGGCGGCUGACGGCGAGGCGGCCGACGGCAAAGCGGCCGACGGCGAGGCGGCCGACGGCGAGGCGGCCGACGGCAAAGCGGCCGACGGCGAGGCGGCCGACGGCGAGGCGGCCGUCGGUGAGGCGGCCGACGGCGAGGCGGCCGACGGCGAGGCGGCCUACGGCGAGGCGGCCUACGGCGAGGCAGCCGACGGCGAGGCGGCCGACGGCGAGGCGGCCGACGGCGAGGCGGCCGACGGCGAGGCGGCCGACGGCAAAGCGGCCGACGGCGAGAUGCUGACGUAA